AAGAAAAAUCCGGAGUUUUGUAGCCGCGCUGUCGCCAUCUUGAAGGAAAGAACGCGUUUACGACGAUUCUGGAAGUACACUUUUGACUAAAUUUGUAGCAUUCAAACCAUCAAGCGAUGUCGUCACCCGUUCAGGCAUUAACAAUGUCAAAUGGUACCACGUCCGAGGGGCACAGUCCAGAAGAUGGAGCUGGAGAUGUUGCAGCAAAAAAGAUCAAACUAGAGAAUGCAUAUACCCAUAUGUGUACCUGAUGAUGAGACGCGCACUCUUCAUAGAAUUUCCGUAUUGCUGUGAUCGAAUGAGUCCGGACAAAGCAGUAGAUGAAACCGUUCAUCAUUGGCAAACUUUUGCUUUAAAAAAAUUUGCGUCUCAUUUAUUUUGCUUACACAACUGCAUCUACAUGGAACACUUGAUUUUACACCAAAUUAGUGCUUAUUUUCUUUUAGUGUGUAAAAGUUACUUUUUAUAAAAUAUCAGGUCAGCUUCAUUGUUUCAUGAUUUUCCUAUUUUGAGUUUGAAAAUAGUACCCAUCCUAGAUUGAACAAAAUUAUUUUUUCAAACCAUGUAUCUUAGGCAUUAGCAAUAAAUGGCUCUAGGCACUGGGAAAAUCAAAUAUAGAACUUAUGAAAUACUAAGCGAAAUCCUGUGCUUUUGAAAGCUUGAAUAUAUACAAUCUUGUAAAGUUUUAUUUUUGGUAAUCUUUACCUCUGAGGCAUUUCAUACUGACUUCUUUUUCUGUAAUGAAACAAUACUGCCUUCCACACAACUUGACCUUGACCAUCAAUUAUUUAUUUAUAGAGGCACCAGCCAUCCACACAACUCAGGAGUAUUUGACUGUUCUUCACAUUAAGUACCAGUGUGUUUGUUUGUCUUCGUGACUAUUUUUCAGAUUUAUUUUUGAAAAGGGGUACCCUUCACCUAGAUUUGUCAUACUUGUCUUGUGUCAGUAGGGUAUGUAAACCGGUCCUCUAUAGUGUUUACAAUGUUAGUUCCAGCAGAAUUAGUUUGAUAUCUUCAGAGUGGCUGAAUUUUUAAACUGAUUUGCAGAGGAAGUUGGGACACCAUCAGUUUCAUUACCUUCUUGCUCAAUUUUGGUGUGAUAUGUUUGUGUGCAUUAACAUUUGAACAGUUUGACGAGGAAAUGCGACAAAUGCCAUUCUCAAAGUUUUGCAGAAAUUAGUUCCAUCAUAUCUUGAAAGGUGAGGCCCCUUAUUAAAAGAACUGCCGAGAGAUGCGGUAGACCUUUUUUUGACAAACUACGACAUAUCUUCUGCGCGCCAAUUACGUUCUUUCCUCAAGUCAUGCAACUUUGAUUGUGAUGAAUGGAAGUCGGUCAGCAGUUCUUUCCCUCACUUAUAGUUUUAAUGGGGAUAUGUUGCAUUUUUGUCAAAAAUGUAUGGAGAUCUCGUCAAGUUAAAGAAUCCAGUUCAGAUUUCAUCUUACAUCAAAUAUCAACUUAGCCUUUCAUCAUGUUUACUCUAAAAAACAAAGUUGCUGAGGAUUAUUCAGUAAGCGAUUGAAGAACAGAGAUCUUAAUUUUUCUCAAAACUGGAAAAAUGGAUAUGUAGCGUUUUGUCGUGAAACUGUUCAUUUGUCCUUAACAAAUCCGGACAUUGGGCUUAUUUCCCAUCAGGUUUUAAAAGCUGCAAGUGCUGAUGUCUGGGGCCCUGGCGACCAACCACUCUGAAUAUAUUUGAGCAGGUCUAUUCGAAACUUGAUAUAUUAUUUUUGUUGAUCUACAAAGUUCCACCCUCAGCCAUGAUGAAGAUGUGGAUUGCACAUAAUGUUUGCUGUUGGUGUUUUUGUAGUUCAGUGGGGUUUUUUCAGUGUUGUUUUCUCUCCAUACUUGCAUUUCUCUUUCAGUCAUUGAGUUGUUGCAAUUACCAACCCUGGGAACAACAUUUUAAUUUUUUGUCUGCCUCUUACUUCGUCUUUACAUAAAUUGUGCAAUUGCAGUGUCUUUUGAAGUCCAAAUGUUUAGUCUUAAACUGGAAACACACUAACAUUUGAUGGAUCCUCUUUAGUGAGGGAUGUAAGAAGCAAUAUAUUGAGAUGACUUUCUCACGAGCAAUUCUAGUUUGCUUUAAUGCAUGUAUUUUAAUUGAGGGAUGCAUUUCUUUCGGUGUAAACUUGGGCUGUUUCUUCAGUAGACUCCCUUUGUAAUCUUUUGGCUGAAAUGCUGUAAAGCAAUUGCAGCACAACCCCUCCGACUACCUUAUGGAUACCAUCCUCAGAACUACAAUCAUGCACCUGUAAUGUGCCCACUGUUGCCUUUUUAACUUUCUAAUUUGUAUCAAAUGAUGAUAUCAGGUUUGUAUGUUGAUCCCAAGAACUUCGUGCAUAUCGAGCUAUGGUUUGGUCUGCGUAUUCGUUUGAUCUUUUCAAAAAUCGACAGGAAUGAGUAAUGUUGUGUUUUUCUCUUCUUUUUUCUGUGUGUUUCUCAUGCAGUCUUAAGAGAAGGGGUUUAUGCUUUCUACCAAACCAAACUACCAGCUUUUUGUCUGGAAGGACAUGCAACGUCAGCUCCGCCAUAACAUGCUUUGAAUGUCGGGCGGAUAAUCAACAUCGGACGUGGCUCUGGAGACUCGAAUGAGCCAUACUUCCCUCAGUCCGAGCAGUCUGGACCCCUGUUGGAGGGUCCAGGUGCCAAACGAGAUGUGAAGCCUUUCACCCCACCAAAACUGACAGUGGCACAGAUGGAGGACAUCCAGAGAUGUAAGAAGUAUGCUAUGGAGCAGAGCAUCAAAAGUGUCUUGGUCAGACAAACUAUUGCACACCAGCAGCAGCAAAUGCAGAACUUCCAGAACACAGUCCAGAGACAGCAAGCCCUUGCCCUUAUGUGCAGAAUCUAUGUGGGCAGUAUCAACUUUGAGAUAAAAGAAGACACCAUCAAGCAAGCCUUUAUUCCGUUUGGACCCAUAAAAUCAGUGAACUUGUCCUGGGAUCCUAUAACAAACAAACAUAAAGGCUUUGCUUUUAUUGAGUAUGAAGUUCCAGAGGCUGCCCAGCUGGCAUUGGAACAAAUGAAUGGAGUCAUGAUUGGAGGAAGAAACAUAAAAGUUGGUCGGCCCAGCAACAUGCCACAAGCUCAACCAAUCAUUGAGCAACUGGGUCAGGAAGCCAAGAACUUCAAUAGGAUCUACAUCACUUCGAUUCAUGCCGAUCUCACAGAGAAUGACAUCAAAAGCGUGUUUGAAGCAUUUGGCAAGAUCAAGACUUGUGAAUUGGUUCAGGAUCCAGCUAAAGUUGGAAAACACAAGGGUUUUGGUUUCAUUGAGUACGAUACAGCUCAAGCUUCGUCUGAUGCAGUCACAUCCAUGAAUCUGUUUGAUCUUGGUGGACAGUAUCUACGUGUUGGAAGGGCUAUCACACCGCCUGAUGCAGGAAUCACCCCCUCCAUCCCUCCAACUGCCAUGCCAACAGCAUCUGCUGUCGCGGCAGCAGCAAUUACAGCCAAAUUGACAGCCCUAGAAGCUGCACAAGUCCCACUUGCACCACCUGGCUUGGCUCUGCCCACUCUGGGCGGUGCUGGUACUGUGAUAAAGACACCCUCAGUAAUCAGCUCCAGCAUUACAGCCCCUCCCAUGGCUCCUGCCCACCCGUCAAUGCCCAAGCCACCCACGGCCCCGCCUGUGCCGCUCAUGUCCUUGCAGACAGCACCUGUCCUCCCAAUCCUCCCAGCUGCGAAUCCGCCUGCCAUUGGUCUCACGUCUUUGCCACCGUCGAUGACACUAGGACAGUCUAGUCCAGCAUUGGCUGCUGCAAUGGUAAAUGCCAUGGCUUUGAAGAAGGAGCCAUCAGCAAGUCAGUUAUCCUCUCUACCUGGAUUGACUGUCGCCUCACUGGGCCAGACACCAGUUAGUGCUGCCGGUGCUGUAGAGGAAGAAACUGAGGAAAACAAGGGCAACCAGGAGGAGCUUCCACAGACUCUGGAACAACAAGAGAGCAUGAAGAUCAGUGGCAGCAAUGCCAGACAUAUGGUCAUGCAGAAGUUGAUGCGGAAGUCUGAGUGUCGAGUGAUGGUGUUACGGAACAUGGUGGGACCAGAGGACCUUGAUGAUGACCUUGAAAGUGAAGUGACAGAUGAAUGUGGCAAAUUUGGAACUGUGAACAGAGUGAUCAUCUACCAGGAGAGACAAAGUGAAGAAGAUGAUGCAGAAAUCAUUGUGAAGAUUUUUGUUGAAUUUUCCACCCAAGAAGAAGUGGAAAAGGCAUGUGGAUCUUUGAAUGCCAGAUUUUUUGGAGGAAGAGUUGUUACAGCUGAGAAAUAUGACCAAGACAUGUAUGAUGCUGAUGAUUUGUCAGGGUAGAUAAAUGCGUGUGAGUGAGUGAGUGAGAUAGGCAGAGAAAAUGAUGCAUGACUUGAUUUGAUGCAUGAUUUUAAUUUGAAUGAGAGCGAAUGAGAACUCUUGUGUAUAGAUAAAUACAAACUAUUUUAAUGAACCAUUCCCAUAUUACACACAGAGCACUAUCUGCUUUGUGGUGAAGAUGGUUCUGGUGUGCUUCGUGUACUCCACCCUGUUGUCAGUAUUUGGUACACCAGUGGACAUCUGGAAGUGUUACUUGUUGCUUUGACUGUACAGCUUGUUUCCCUACACUUAAUUUUCCUACCCUUCUAAUGGAAUAAAUUGGUUGAAACUACUA